AUGUUCCGGAAACUUUCCACUGCCAUAAACUCGCGUUCCUCGCUGAUGAGAUCGUUCAGUGUAGGCGAACUGUCCAAAGAGCACCAAGAAGUCCAGCAACUAUGUCGUCAAUUUAGCGAACGAGAAUUAAAACCGGCAGCAAGCAACAUUGAUCGUAAUGGAACCUUUCCCGCUGAGACUAUAGCUAAGUUGGCGGAGUUGGGAUUGAUGCGGGUUACUGUAUCACCGAAGUAUGGUGGAUCUGGUCUGGAUAUGCUCUCGUUAUCGCUCGUAGUUGAAGAACUUUCUCGAGGAUGCGGUAGCACCGGUUCGAUCGUAUCCAUUCACAACUGUCUGUACGCCAACCUGUUGCAUCGGUUGGGAACGGAUGAGCAGCAGGAACGAUUUUUCAACAAAUAUGACAAACAAACCAUUGGAGCUUUCGCGCUCAGUGAGGCUGAUGCGGGAUCUGAUGUGGCUGCAAUGUCUACCAAAGCGGUGAAGGAUGCAAAUGCUGGCGGAUGGAUAUUAAACGGAACAAAAGCCUGGGUAACAUCGGGCAUUGAAGCAGUCGCGGGGAUCAUUUUCGCCACCGUAGAUCCUGCCUUAAAGUACAAAGGCAUAACUGCAUUUUUGGUCGAUUUUGACGGCGGCAAUUUAGCUGGAUUACAUCGAGGUCGUCCAGAAGACAAGCUGGGCAUUCGUGGUACAUCAACAUGCGAUUUAAUGCUAGAAAAUGUACGUAUCCCCGAUGCUAACGUACUUGGUACCGUUGGUGGCGGAAUGCGUAUUGCUAUGGAACAACUCGAUCGUGCGAGGAUAGGAAUCGCUUCACAGGCGCUCGGUAUAAGUCAAGCUGCACUUGAAACGGCUGUAGCGUACGCCAAGCAGCGUACAGCGUUUGGUGGUACUCUGAUCGAUCUUCCUGCCGUUCGUACGAGAAUUGCAGAAAUAGCAACAAAAAUUGAGAUUACUCGCCUGUUAGUUCGAAAAGCUGCCGGUGAACUAGACCGUGGACUGCGAGCUACCAAAGCUUGUUCCAUGGCAAAAUGGGUAGCGGGUGAAACGGCUACAUACGCUGCGCACGGAUGUCAGCAAAUUUUGGGCGGUAUGGGAUAUGUGAAAAACCUUCCGGCCGAGCGGUACUAUCGGGAUGCACGCAUUACUGAAAUUUAUGGUGGUGUAACGGACGUGCAGAAGUCAAUCGUGGCGGAUCAAGUAAUCAGGGAGCUGAAAUAAUCGA